GGGGCGGGGUGAGGGUUGAGACGUCGGAACAAGCUGGAAGCAGAGGCUGGAGCUGGAGCUCGCGGGGCGGGGAGCUCAACAGUUAGCAAAAGUGCCCCGCUGCCGACCUGAGGAGGCGGCGAGCGCCGAAGCGGCCUCGGAGCAUCUUCUCCGGCUCGUGGGACAGCUCCAGAGCACUUCGGGUACCGGUCUCUCUUUGCAUUUUGGAGGCGGGGAUCCCUCCAUCUACUUUUACUCAAAUUUGCAUUUCGGGGAAACCUUUCGCGGGGGACGUUCCUGGGCUCCGGACAUGCCCCGAGAUCUUUGUUUGACAGCUCGGGGCUCGCCCAAGCUGCCUUGCCGGGUACUCCAGGAGUAGAACCCCCGAUUGAAGGGGUGGGGUCCCCCAGGCCAGGGAGAAGUGGCCUGGCUGGGGGAGCCCGGGAAUAGUCUGACUUGUAGGUGGGGGAAGGAGGAGGUCCGGCGCUGCAAAAUUCUCAGCCUCCAGCCCCAUCAAGCCGCUAGGGCUCCCCGCUUCAAAGCGAUCCUGAGGUCGGGAGAUGAGCACCCAGUUGGACCGCCUGUCGGUGACCUCGUCCUCCACCGGCUCUCUGGGCUCGGCGGCCGGGGCGGCGGCUGGCUCGUCUGGCAGCGGGCUCCGGCUGCUGUCGGGCAACGUGCGCAAGCUGCACCAUGCCCUCAACUUGCUGCUGAGCGAUGCGGAGCGGGAGCAAUUCACCCACUGCCUGAAUGCUUACCACUCUCGGAGGAACGUCUAUGACCUGGUGCGGACCCUGCGCCUGCUGCUCGACAGCCCGGACAAGCGGCAGCUGCUGCCCAUGCUGCGCCUGGUCAUCCCGCGCUCUGACCAGCUACUCUUCGACCAGUACACGUCUGAGGGGCCCUACCUCAAGUCCCAUAUAGCAUCCGCCCCCGGGGGCGCCAACGGGGCCGGUCCGGGGCUGCUGGACGGCGCGGCCGCUGCCUCUCCUCCUCCUCCUCCUGCCGCCUACUGGCUCCCCCAGCCCCAGUCACUGUCCAGCCGAACGUCCCAAGUGGACUUUGGCCCUGGCCCGGAGGGGGCGCCCCUGGAGGAACUGCGCGGGGAGGUGCGGCUCGUGAGUCUUAGGAGAAGCAAGACCAAUGAGGGUCUCGGCUUCAGCAUCCGAGGGGGCUCUGAGCACGGUGUGGGAAUUUACGUGUCCCUGGUGGAACCAGGUUCCCUGGCGGAGAAGGAAGGGCUAAGGGUGGGCGACCAGAUCCUGAGAGUAAACGACAAAUCUUUGGGCCGAGUGACCCAUGCUGAAGCGGUCAAGGCACUGAAAGGGUCCAAGAAGCUAAUCUUGUCUGUGCAUUCCGUCGGGCGAAUCCCAGGGGGCUACGUCACCAACCACAUCUAUACCUGGGUGGAUCCUCAUGGCCGGAGCAUCUCUCCCCCCGGAGGGCUUCCCCAGCACCAGAGCAGCUCCCUCAGGAAACAGGAAGGGGAGAGGAGGAGCAUCUUGCAGUUUCUUCCAGAGGGAGACGAGAAAAAGGUGAACCUGGUACUUGGUGAAGGGAGGUCUCUGGGCCUCAUGAUAAGAGGAGGAGCAGAGUAUGCCUUGGGGAUUUAUAUCACUGGUGUGGAUCCAGGAUCUGAAGCGGAAAGCAGUGGUCUCAAGCUGGGAUUCUACAAAGGGCCAGCUAGGUCCCAGGUCACCCUGAGCAGCAUGGUCAACCAGACCCGGGUCAUCUUAGAGGAACAAGCCCGGCAUCUGCUGAAUGAGCAGGAGAGAGCAACCAUGGGCUACUACCUAGAUGAAUACAAGGAAAAUAACAUCCAUGUGGAUGCCCUCAUCAUGGCUCUGUUUGAACUACUCAACACCCAAGCCAAGUUUUCCCUCCUAUCUGAGGUGAGGGGGCUGAUCUCCCCCCAUGACCUCGAUCGCUUUGACAACAUGGUGCUGAAACGGGAGAUUGAGUCCAUGAAGGCCCGGCAGCCAUCCUGCACUGGCACUGGCACUGGCACGGACACUUACUCUGUGGUGUCUUACAGUGACACUGGCUCCUCCUCGGGCAGCCACGUCACUUCUACCACGGUCAGCUCUGCUCGAGAGCGGCUCUUGUGGUUAAUAGACCUAAUGGAGAAUACUCUGGAUCUUGAAGAGACUGGAGAAGUAAUCCAGGGCAGUAUCAAUGCUCUACCAGAUGUUUCCUUGGAUGAUGUUGUAUCUCUUUCUGAGGCACCACCCAACUUCAAGCCUCCACCACCACCUCCUCCAGCUCAGUCCCUUGACUCUUCUGUUCCCCCACAGAGAAAGACUGGGAAAGACCAUCUCAAACGCCCUUCUUCAGAGUCUUCUCAAUCGGGGCUUUUCUUCACAGCGCCUCGCAACCUUAGCCCACCAACUGGCCCACCAGAGAGGGACACACCCAGCACCCUAUCCACUGGAGCAACUUCGUCCACAGAGGGUUCUCUUGCCAGCCCCAUCUAUGCCACAAUUUCUCCAGCCAAUCACAGCUCGAAGAGAUCGAUGGAUACACAUCUGUCAUUUGUCAACCAGCACCCAAUAGGCCCCUUCCCCAGGGUUCAAUCUCCAACUCAUCUGAAGGGCAUGUCCCCUGAAGCUUCCUCAGGAAGCAGCCUCCCAAGUCCUCCCCUUCCCUCUCCUUCUUCUGUCCUCAUACCCCUGGAUAAGACCAGCCCCAAGUCAGGAACAAAUCAUCACUUUGUCAUGGUGGAAGUACACCGGCCAAACAGUGAACCAGAUGUGAACGAAGUGAGGGCCCUGCCGCAGACUCGAGCUGUUCUCCCGCUAUCACCCCCAGCAGCCUCUACCCUUUCCCAGCUGUCAGACAGUGGGCAGACUCUCAGCGAAGACAGUGGCGUGGACACCGGAGAGGCAGAGGCCAGUAGCAAGGACCGAGGCCGACAGCAGGCAUCCAUGAAGGGAAGAGGCAGCAAGGACCUCCCCCGGAAUGAGGGGGCAGCAGAGGCAGCCACCAAACCGCCUGGCCUCUUAGAACCCACAUCCUCUCUGAUUCGAGUGAUGAAAAGUGCAGCCACCUUGGGUAUUGCUAUUGAAGGCGGUGCUAAUACUCGGCAGCCCCUGCCACGGAUCGUCACCAUCCAGAGAGGUGGCUCUGCCCACAACUGUGGCAAGCUGAAGGUGGGCCAUGUGAUUCUGGAGGUGAAUGGCAUGACAAUGCGGGGCAAAGAGCACCGGGAGGCUGCCCGAAUCAUUGCUGAAGCCUUCAAGAUGAAGGACAAGGACUAUGUGGACUUCCUGGUUACUGAGUUCAAUGUGAUGCUUUAGGAGAAGGAUCCCAGAGUAGAAGAAUGGCCCAAGGGAGAGUGCCCAGGAUCCAAGUAACGAAGUCCAGUGGAGGCUCUGCUGAGCUCUGUGUUGUGUCUCACACGUGUAAAACUGCACGUAGCUUCACGUCAAACAGAUGCUCCUUCCCAGAUCUUCUCGUGAUCCCCCUCCUGGCACAUGCAUACCCCUCUCACCAGGUUAGGGGACAGGCACUUGCCUGGCUAUGGCAAGGUGAUGUGACAUGCCUGUUCCAACCAGCCUGACCACCAGCUCAGAUUAGGGCCCACCUACUCCCCUUGCCCUCAGGGAGGGUCCUGUUCUCAGGCACAUGGCCAGCCUGGCUGCUGGCAGGCAGACAAACAGACAGAGAGAUCUUAGCAUCCCCUGGGCUAGCAGUCAGCCCCAACAAAGCCCAGAGAGCAGGAAGGAAGAUGGGGAAACAGGGAAGGACUAAGAACAAGAAAGAGGCCCGAGGUGGGAGGGGGAGAAAGAACUCCCAGGAGAGAAGAGAAGAAGAGGCAGGAGAGAGCUUACGCUUUUGUUCAUCCUUCCCCUGACCUGUUUACAGUUGUCAGUCCUAGGCUCCACCUCUGUGUUAAGGAACAUUUCCUGUCUUUACCAUAUGCUCAGCUCCUUUGUCUUCACCCUGAACCCUUUUGAAUUUCUUCUGAGUUGGGUUAGAGGCUCUUCUGCCCUAGCCACCGGCUUUGGCCUCCUCCCCACCUUCUCCCACUCGUCACCCUUGAAGAGAGGAAUGUAUCCCAUCUGCCCCAGAGGAGCUUGGCUCCAUUCAGUAUCCCUUCUCCUUCCUCUGGGAAAGUGUGAGCCAGAGCAGGGGUGAAGAGAGAUCUCUGGGGCCUCAGAUGGUCCCCAGGAAAUGCCCUAUAGCAAUCUUAGUGCCACAGACUGGGUGGGCAGCAAGUGCUCUCCUGCCCUGGCUGUUUGUUCCACCCAGCUUACUUCUCCACUGUCUUAUUUAUUAUUUAUUUUCUACCCUGUCAGCCAUGGAUCCCAAGCUCCCCCCUUUCCAGCUCCUAUCCUGUCUGGUUACCCUGUGCACAGCCUAACAAUGGAUGCCUUGUAAAUGGCCAGCAAUGUCAGUGUAUUUAUAUAAAGAGCUUGUGACUUUAAUUUUUCAAUAAAUCUAAUAUAUUAGGAAAAAGUGUACUGUGGGCCUGCCUUCUUCCCAUUCAGUCAUUAGGUCAUGGCCUCCCACCAAGGAGUCUCUCCGCUUUAUUCCAGGGUCUUAUACAACAGUGUUUAAAUGAGUUUGACAUCUCUC